AUGUUCGGCUCGCGGUGCAGCACGCAUUACGCAGUCGGCGACAUGCAGCUCCACGUGGCAGUCCUGGUGUGUGUCGGCGUGCUGUGCGCCACGGCGGCGGCCAGCACGUGCGACGGCGAGAGCAUCCUGAAGCUGAUGAGGGACGCGUGCGUGGUACGCCGGAGGCGCGACGCCUCGCCCGGAGAGCGGGCGGCGGGGGAGGAGCAGCUUGUGCUGCCGCGCGCCGGGCGCCUGCCGCACGGCCUGCACGACCAGUUCUGGGAGAGCCUGCUGGAGCUGGCCGACUCCGAAGAGAAGACGGUGCUGUCGCGCGCGCUGCGCAAGAGCUCCAAGUUCCACCAGCUGAUCAGCGUCUGCUGCCGGCGAACCUGCACCGCCAAGGACUUCCGCGUGCUGUGUGGGCCUCCACGCAAGACGUGACCGCUCUAUAUUUCCUCGCCUGGAGGUGUAUUUUCUAGUCACCUUUGUAAAGUACUCUUUAACAAAUAA